AUCUCCCGAUUUUCCUCCGCGGCCAACCCCCAAAAAGAAAAUCCCCUCUUUCUCAUCGUCUAGGGUUCGGGUUUCCGUCUUUCCGGCAGCAGCAGCAGCAGGAUGUCGACAUCAACAUCAUCAUCAAAGAAAAUCGUGUUGAAGGGCUCCGACGGCGAGGCUUUCGAGGUGGAGGAGGCGGUGGCGCUGCAAUCGCAAACUAUCAAGCACAUGAUCGAAGACGAUUGCGCCGAUAAUGGAAUCCCUCUGCCCAACGUCACCAGCAAGACCCUGGCCAAGGUGAUUGAGUACUGCAAGCGCCACGUCAGCGAUGCCGAGAAGGCCGGCGGCGAGGAUGGUGCGGCGGCGGCGGCGACUAACAAGAAGGCCGAUGAGGAUCUCAAGGCCUUCGACGCCGACUUCGUGAAAGUGGAUCAGGCGACCCUGUUUGAUCUAAUCCUGGCGGCUAAUUAUUUGAACAUCAAGGGUUUGCUCGACCUGACUUGUCAGACGGUGGCUGACAUGAUUAAGGAUAAGACGCCGGAAGACGUCCGCAAGCUUUUCAACAUCAAGAACGAUUUUACGCCGGAGGAAGAAGAUGCGAUUCGCAAGGAGAAUGCUUGGGCCUUUGAGCAGUAGUACUAGUGGUGGUGGUUAUAAUUUGGUUGUUUUGAAUUUUCAAUGUUUUUCUUUUGUUUUGCGGUUGUAAUUUUAAUUUUCUUGGACACACCCUUCAUUAGCUCUUUAGCUAUUCAGUGUGGUUCAAACUUUAGCUUGAUUAAUGUUUUUUUUUUUUUUGAUUAAAUCUUUGUAUUCAAUUUCUCUCUGGC